UCCUAAUAACUAUUGAUAUAAACAUAAACAACGUCUCUACGACACAUCGAAAUAAUUAAUGACAUAGCAAAUAUUAAUUAAUUGAUUCCAAAAGCGAAUCAUUUUUAAUUUGGAGAAAGAUUACUCAACGAUGUUAGUGAAACUAAUUUUAUCUGCAAAAUCAAGCAAAAAGGAUAAAAACAACACAUGAUAUAAAAUAAUGGCGCUGUCAUGCACGCAAAAGCGGAAGUAAUUAUACUAUGAUCAAGCUAGUAUCUAUUUGAUCUUAAUAUUGUGAGUUCUAUAUUGGAUUGAUUUCUUAAAUAACAAUUAUCUAAUUAGAUGCAAUGAAAUGCAAUAAAUGGAAGAUUUUCAUUCCAAUAAUUUAGAAUGGCAACAUUUUGGUCAGGGAGACCUGGAUGGCUAGGUAAAUUGGGAAUAGCUUUGCUAGCAACAUGGCUAUUAAUAUUAAUUAUAUCUGUUCUACACGUUUUCAAAACAAAUUCUAUAUCAUCACAAGAUGGGACUCCUACAAAUAAAGAAAAUGCUCAACGUUUAGCACAAAUGAUUAAUGAUUUUGAAAUUAUUAAGAAACAAAAUGAUGCUUUAAAAAAUAUUAUACUAAGAGAUGGACCUAAAUCUUUACAAGGAGAUCAUUUGGGUUCGGCUCAAGAAAGAGCUGAUAGAGCUUCAAUUUAUUAUGAUCUAUUGGAUCAGCAUGUUGGAUCUAAAAAUAAUAUACCUUCUUUAGAAUACGAAGAAUUACGGCGUAAAAUAAGAAAUGAUGUACAGGAAAUGUGGUACUAUAUGAAUGCUGUAUUAACGAAAUUCAAAAAGCACAUAGACGAAUUUUCUCUUGAGCAAAAAGAAAAAGAAAUUCAAGAUGCAGUAAGUAAUAUUUGGGAACAUAAAAAGUCUCUUAUUAUAGAUAUAGAUAGAUUAACGAAAGCUGAUGGUCACGAAGAAUGGCGAAAAAAAGAGGCUAAAGAAUUAUCGGAUCUUGUCCAAAGUCGAUUCAGGUAUUUACAAAAUCCUUCCGAUUGCAAUAAAGCAAAGAAGUUAGUAUGCAGUUUAAAUAAAGGCUGUGGCUUCGGUUGCCAGAUACAUCAUAUUACUUACUGUUUUUUGGUUGCCUACGGAACGGAAAGAACGCUUGUAAUAAAAUCAAAAGGUUGGAGAUAUCGUAAGGAAGGUUGGGAAUCAGUUUUUAAGCCUCUUAGUGAUACAUGUUUAUCCGUAAAUGGUAUAUCUCAUGCUAAUUGGCCCGGUGAUUCUUCUAAACAAGUUAUUUCCUUGCCAAUUGUGGAUAACGUUUAUCCUAAACCUAAAUUUCAACCUCCAAGUGUACCAGCAGAUAUAGCGGAAAGAUUAAAGAAGCUGCAUGGUCAUCCAUUAGUUUGGUGGGUGGGACAAGUCUUAAAAUACUUAAUGCGACCUCAAGAUAAUAUGCAAAAAGUAUUAGAUAACGCAAAAGAGAAAUUAGGUUUUAAAAAACCAAUCGUUGGCGUUCACGUUCGUAGAACCGAUAAAGUCGGUACUGAAGCUGCAUAUCACGACAUAGAUGAGUAUAUGAUUAAGGUAGACCAAUAUUUUGAUCAACUGGAAACAAAACCAGAUGUAAAACGAGUAUUUUUGGCUAGCGAUGAUCCAAAAGUAAUAACAUCAGCAAGAAGUCGCUAUCCCAAUUACGAAAUUAUUGGUGAUCCUGAAAUAGCUGAGACAGCAUCAGUGUCAAAACGUUAUUCGGACUCAUCUUUACAAGGAAUUAUUAUAGAUAUACAUCUUUUGUCUUUGAGUGAUUAUCUAGUGUGUACAUUUAGUUCGCAAGUAUGCAGAGUUGCGUACGAAUUAAUGCAAACUUAUUACUCAGAUGCAUAUAAUAGAUUUGCAUCGUUGGAUGAUAUUUAUUAUUACGGUGGACAAAAUUCGCAUCCUCAUAUAGUUAUUAUGGAUCAUAAACCAAGAAAAAGUGGCGAAUUGGAAUUGAAAAUUGGUGAUUUAAUUGACGUAUAUGGAAAUCAUUGGGAUGGUUAUUCCAAAGGUUACAACACUAGAACUAGUAUGACAGGACUAUUUCCUAGUUUUAAAGUGAAAAAUCCUGUCGAUGCCGUUGACUUUCCGAAAUAUCCGGAUAUAAUGUUACACGAGAAUAAAAAUAAAAAAUAAGACAUUUUUCCAUUUUUCAAAUAGACAAAAAUAAUGAUAAAUACAUCAUUUCCAUUGCAUUUCAUUAACUGCUUGCAGAGAACUGUAGUUAGCUCUUUGAAUUCAAUUAUAUUAUCAUAAGAAAAUAUAGUAUGACACGUAAUGUAUAUAUUUUGCUAUUUACAAUUGAGAA